CUUCGCUUGCUUCUGGCAACUGCCACCACCACCCACAUAUCCUCAUUUACCGGACAGAGCAUUAAACGCACAGACGACUAUGGUGUACUCCGAAGGGUCACGCUUCAGCUUCACCGAGGAGGUCAAGCCGGGCGAGCGCCUCAAGCUUAGCCACAGCGCCGAGGAGUCGAAUCUGGUAACGUUCUCGCUGCCGCGCCCGCCCACAUUCGCGACCGUCGAGGCAGAGCGGCUGCACCGCAAGCAGCGCCUGGUGGCUGCGUUCCGGAUCUUCUCAAAGCUGGGGCUCGACGAAGGCAUCGCCGGGCACUUGACGUGCCGCGACCCCGAGCACCCGGACCUGUUCUGGGUCAACCCGUUCGGCAAGUACUUUGGGUGCAUCACCAUCAAGGAUCUGCUGCUUGUAGAUCACAAGGGCACUGUUGUCUACGGCUCAAGCCCAGUGAACGCUGCCGCCUUUGCGUUUUCGUCGCUAGGCAAGGAGCUGCUGCCGCUGACGCAGGACGCCUGCAUGUUCUACAACCACCACGCGGUGUUCCCGAACUUUGGCGGCGUCGUCGCUGACGCGGAGGAGGGCGAGCGGAUGGCCCAGACCCUGGGCAACAACAAGGCGCUGAUUCUGCAGAACCACGGGCUACUGACUGUGGGCAGCUCGGUCGACGAGGCGGCGUUCUGGUUUAUUGCCAUGGACAGGUCCUGCCAUGCCCAGCUGCUGGCUGAGGCUGCUGGCAACCCUGUUCCGAUCUCCGAUGUUGUUGCUGCCGAUACGUUCAAGACUGUUGGCGCGCCAAUCUCGGGCUGGUUCAACUUCCAGCCAUACUAUGAGAUGAUCACCAAGGAACAGCCCGACAUUCUGGACGUCGACGAGGAGGACGGCAAGCUUGUUCUCUAGGCACCUUUAUCUCUCUUUCUCAAUCUCCAUUAGCUCCUUUCGACACCAUGCUUGGUGCAGGUGCGCUGUGCAGUAGUUGUAGCAUGGCUGGAUCUUUGGCUCAUGCGAGCACCGCCGCUUCAUUGCCGCAUUGUUCGCGAAACAGGCGGUAGUGAAAAGUAAUCCUACUACCAAGAAUACCCGGAUACUGGCCAUGUAGGAGCGUGUGUUGGGUAAAGAAGCUGCUUAGUACAGACCCUAAAUGAAUACGGCAAAAG